AUGUUCAAAGCAAUACAAAGCCUCGUUUUAUAUGGACAUAAUCAGAUUGUGGGUUUAAUCAUAAGCCAACAAGAAGAAAUUCAUCUAUGGAAAAUCACAAAUAAAGAUUGGUUCACAAAAGACAAAUUGAGAAGAGACAAAGAUUCAAAAAUCAGAAUUAUCACAGCCCAAGCACAACUCAACAAGUCAGAAUAUCAUGAAUUCAAGCCCAACGGAAGCCUCAUUAUUUUGCAAAUCAGAAUUUCAAUACAUAAUCAUGGCCAAGUUUCAUCUCUACUACAAAUCAUAAAUUUAAUUUGGUCCACAGUAAGACAAAAUCAAAGAGAUCCAAAUCAGAAUUACAAACUCAGAAAAAAGGCUCAUCACAGUUCUGGCCCAACAUAA